AUGAUGGCCAUUCGCAGGAGGAACCAGAAGACCCUCUUGUACCUCACUUUUUGUGCCAUAUGCCUUCUGUCUGGGACUGGGUAUUUAGAAACUAGGACUAAAAAUGGUACCACUGGCUGUGCAAGUACCAAUAAUAGACCGGUCACCAUUCUUCUUUGGCACUGGCCCUUUGGCAAAGCAUACCCUCUGGAUGGGGACGUCUGCUGGCACCUGUACAAGAUCCCUGGUUGUAAUGUUGUGGAUCAUCGCUCUGAGUUUUUAAAUGCUGACAUUGUUGUUUUCCACCAAAAGGAGCUGGCCUCAAAGAAACAAAAACUGCCCUUGAAUCUUACGCGCCCACUGGGACAGAGGUGGCUAUGGAUGUCUUUAGAAUCCCCACAAAACCAUGGUAAUGUGAGACAAUUUGCAAAUGUCUUUAACUUGACCAUGAGCUAUAGAAGAGAUGCAGACAUCACAGUACCCUAUGGUGAGUUGCAACCACAGGAUGGAGAAAUUGAUGACGUCGUUACAAACAAGACCAGUUUGGUGUGUUGGGUGGUUAGCAACUUUAACCGUCGCCAUAAGAGAAGUGUGAUUUACAGACAGCUCAGCGCCUUUGUCAAGAUCACAGUAUACGGUCGGUGGAAGAAGGCCCACCUACCUGCUGCCAAGCUGUUGUCUACCAUUUCCCGCUGUUAUUUUUACUUGGCAUUUGAAAACUCAGUUUUUAAGGAUUAUAUUACGGAGAAGCUGUGGAGGAAUGCGUACCUGGGUGGUGCCAUUCCUGUAGUGUUGGGGCCCCCACCUGAAGACUACAAAGCUGUAGCUCCACCCCAUUCUUUCAUUCAUGUAAACGAUUUUGCCUCAAUGAAAGACCUAGGGACUUACCUGCAGGGACUGGCAGCAGAUGCAAUGCGCUACAAGGAGUUCUUCAGGUGGAGGCGAGAGUGGAAAGUGAAGCUGAGCACAGACUGGAGAGAAAGACUUUGUAAAAUCUGCACAAAGUAUCACUGCCUACCUCAGAGGAAAGUUUACACAGACUUGCAUGCAUGGAGUAAUGUAUGA